AAGUCCCGCCUUGAAAUAUUUUUUUGGUCCGAGGCUUGGUUACUUACUUAUAAUGUGUUUUUUCAAGUGUAACGAUAACACUCCGCCGCUAACAAUAUCGAUAACUGGGCGACAGCUGUCUUCUAUUUCUGUUUUGCUUACUUUAUGCAAUGGUGAAAGUUGAGGUGGAAUACUGCGGCAUCUGCAACUUCAGCGGGCAGUGCCGCCUGCUGCGCGAGUUCCUGCUGGCCUCGUCCCCCGGCCUGGAGGUGUCCUGCCGCCAGGGACGCCGCGGCGCCUUCGAGGUGGCCAUCGACGGCCAGCUGGUGCACUCGAAGCUCUCCUGCCUGGCAUUCCCGCAGCAUGCCAGUGUCCUGGCCCAGGUUGAAAAGGCGCAACGGGGAGAGCCCGUGGAGAAGGUCCUGGAGCAGCCCAUCAAGGACUGCAGCAUUAUGUGAUGUCCCCUCCACCAGGAUCUCCAGUUAACCCCAGUUUAUAAGUUACAUUUAAGGUUGCGCCAAAGACAGUGCUAGAACAUCCACAGAUCCCUACUAUGACCUGUGAUAUGAGGCUUUUCGAUUAUGGUCCCCACUUCAUUGAGGAUAACUGAAGGUCCGUGCUUCAUUUACAUUGAUAUUGCUUUAGGAACUUAACAAGCCAAAGGAGUAUCUUUAAGACCUAAUAAAGCGAAAAUAAGGGAUACCCAACUCUUACUGA